GGGAAGGGGAGAGGCCACCCUUUUCGUGCCACGGGGACAGUGUGGGACAGGCGAGUGGCCCAGGGCUGGGGGACAGUCACCCCGACACCAGAGGGAAGUUUCCCCGGGACAACAGGUGGGGGAACCCAGGAAUCUCCGCUUUGAACACCUCCAGCCUCCUCUUCCUCCAGCACCCCCUGGUUUGGGAGCUUGAGCCGGACCUGUCGCCAAAGGGAAAGCGGUGGGAGAACCUCUCGGCGCCCGGGGAUGUGAUCCAGGUCACACAAAGUCACAUUGAUCCCAGGACGCAAAGCAGCAACUUGAUAAGUCCUCGUCCUUCAGCUUCUCCUCAAGGAUGCACUGACUGCUGGUGGCUUUCUGCCUGAGGGACCAGGAGAGAAUGCUCCAAUGGAGAGGCUCCAGAGAUCCAUUUUACUUCCUCUCAUCCUGACUGCCUCUCUCCCAGGUCUUGGCUGUUGUUACUCCAUCACAAAAGGCCCUGCUAAUGCCACAGUCCUUGCUGGCUCCCAGGCCAGGUUUAACUGCACCGUGUCUGCAGGAUGGAAAAUCCUCAUCUGGCUGUCCAAUGGGAAUCCUGUCCUCACUGUCCUCAGUUCCCAGGGAUCCGUGGAAACCACAGAGCGCUUCACCUCCCAAAAUUACACCAGUGGUGAUGAGUUUACCUCGGAGCUCAUCAUCCACAACACCCAGCUGAGCGACGCCGGGAAAAUCGAGUGCAGCAUCCAGCAACCCAGCGAGAACAACUUUGCCUUUCUCUCUGUCCAAGUUAAUGGAUCUUUAUUCAUCAAAAAUAGCACCUUGACAGUAAAAGAGAACACAACAGUUGAAAUUGUUUGUGAAGCCUUAGGAUGGGCUCCAGCUCCAGACAUUGCCUGGAUGACAAAUGACUCUCUCAUUGAUAAGUCAAGUUAUGUUAACCAGCAAAGUCAAGGAUCUGAUGGCCUCCACAAUGUCCUGAGCAUCCUGACUGUGACUCCAACAGCCACUGAGGUUCUGACUUGUUUAGCUGACAUAGAAGCACUCCCUGAACCUCAGAAUGCAACUGUAACCCUUAUUUUUGACAACUCCACUGCAGAAAAUUAUUACAGAGAAGACAACAGAAGCUCCUGGGUUAUUGUACUUGCAGUUGUGCUUUCAUUCCUUGGUAUUGUUCUUCUGACCAUUAUUAUUGUGGUGGUUGUUCGCUGCUGCCUGAAGAGGAGAGCAUCUACAUAUCAAAGUGAAAUCAGAAAAGUUUCAACCGAGAAGAAAAAAGAUGGAGAUUUGGAAAACAGGCAAAGGAAUGGUAGUGAAAACCCAGGAUACCUUCCAGAGGAACUGUGGAACACAGAACAGAGCCCAGGAAUUGCCUCUCUUCCCUCAACAUCUUCCAAGUUCACUGGCCCUGAGGACAAUUUAUACAUCAGCUCUGUGCCAAAGGUGCGACCCCAAAGACGUCCUGAUCAUCCGAUCAACCCAAAGAAAAUCAGGAACGUGACCCUCGUGUAGGAUGGACUUCUCCAGGUUAUUUUUUUUUUUUUUUUUGCAUUUCAGCAACAGAGAAAGGUUAAAACCACUUCUCUCGGUUUAAGUUAUAAGUUAUUUUUCUUUUUUUGCCUCGUCUAAUGAAAUGAAAUUGCAACCUUUAUGAAGUAGCACAUUAUAUCUCAGCAAAAUAACGGACAUAAAUGACAUAAAUGGACAUAAGUGACAUAAGUGGACAGCCUGAACUACAGAGACAAGGAAUUUGAUGGGACUGGACAAGAGGAAGAGUCUGUGCUUUGGGUCCCAAGGAAACCAGCAAAUUUCCUAUCAGAAAAAAAAUCCUAUGUUACAGCAAGAUCGAGGACUGGAACUGCAAGACAUUUAUGAGUUCAGAAGAACUGGUUAAUAAUAAUAAUAAUAAUAAUAAUAAUGAUAAUAAUAAUGGUUAAUACAAUAUCAACUGCUUUUUAAUGUACUUUAUGUACAGCUGAGCAUCUUGAGCUUCUGGAUCAACAACAUUUUUCAAUUCCUGUUCUGUAAUAAAAUCAAGGGAAGUUUUGGUGAGGACCGUUUUAAAAUUUCUAACAAAAUCAUCUUAGGGUCAUAAAUUAAUUUGUUCCAUUUCAAUAAGUUACUUUGUAAAAGGUGUUUGCCUUAAAGCCAAUGUUCCAUUUUGAAAUAAAACCCAAUCACCCACUUGCCAAAAAAA